CCCUUUGGGCCUUGGAAUAAAGAAGUGAAAUAAUAAGGUGGAACUGGUGGCCAUAAUAUGUUUUAGAAAGAGAACGAUGAGAGCGGCGGCGUCUCUCCUUGUCAAAUCAGUAGCCUCUUCCAACAAUGCUUGUUUUCGUUCUCACCACCUCAAAUUCUGUCUAGUUGUACUCCAACCACAAUCACAACCACACUCUUCUUCUUCUUCUCCCAUUUCGAUUUCGAAGCGCGGAUUUUCCGGCUACGCUGCGGAGCAGUUCUCCGACGACGAGUAUGAGUGCGAUUUCGAAAGCCAAAAGGCUUCAUCUUCCGUGGCCAACAUUGACGAGUGGAAAUGGAAACUGAGCCUGCUGCUGCGCAGUGACAAGGACCAAGAGAUUGUUUCCAGAGAUAAAAGGGAUAGGAGAGACUACGAGCAAAUAUCUAACCUCGCCAAACGGAUGGGACUUUACACUGAAAUAUAUGGCAAAGUGGUGGUUGCCAGCAAGGUUCCUCUUCCAAACUACCGCCCCGAUUUGGAUGAUAAGCGCCCACAAAGAGAGGUGGUUAUCCCUCUUGGCUUGCAAAGGAGGGUAGAGGGUUUACUGCAAGAACACCUUGAUCGUGUCCUGCUAAGUUUCCGCAACGUAUCAGCCAAUUCAGGUGGUGACAGUGAGCACUUCGGUCAGGUUGAAAAUGAUAAGCCUGAUGAGAAUGCAGAUUCUCUUCUUGAUGGGUCUGUAAUGGAGAAGGUUCUUCAGCGUAGGAGUUUGCGCAUGCGUAAUAUGCAAAGAGCUUGGCAGGAAUCACCUGAAGGUAAAAAGAUGCUAGAGUUCCGGAAAUCACUACCAUCUUUCAAAGAGAAUCAGAGGUUGCUGCAAGCAAUAGCACAAAAUCAGGUAGUAGUGAUAUCUGGGGAGACUGGAUGUGGUAAGACCACUCAGCUUCCUCAAUAUAUACUAGAGUCAGAGAUAGAAUCUGGCCGUGGAGCAUUCUGUAGCAUUAUCUGUACACAACCUCGAAGAAUAUCUGCUAUGGCUGUUGCUGAAAGAGUGUCUGCAGAGAGGGGAGAGCCUCUUGGUGAAACAGUGGGCUAUAAAGUUCGAUUAGAGGGAAUGAAAGGAAAAAAUACGCAUCUCCUUUUCUGUACCAGUGGUAUUCUACUUCGCCGUCUGUUGAGUGAUCGGAACUUGAGUGGUGUAACACAUGUUUUUGUUGAUGAAAUUCAUGAACGAGGCAUGAAUGAAGACUUCUUGUUGAUUGUAUUGAAAGAUCUGCUUCCACGCCGUCGGGAUCUAAGAUUGGUUUUGAUGAGUGCCACUCUGAAUGCGGAGCUAUUUUCAAAUUUUUUUGGAGGAGCACCAACAAUUCACAUUCCGGGUUUCACAUAUCCAGUGAAAGCACACUUUUUGGAAGAUGUACUGGAAAUGACUGGGUAUAAGCUGACUUCUUUCAACCAAAUUGAUGACUAUGGCCAAGACAAACUGUGGAAAACGCAGAAGCAGUUAGCGCCUCGGAAAAGGAAAAAUCAGAUCACUGCUCUAGUUGAGGAUGCUCUUAGUAAAUCGAGUUUUGAGAAUUAUAGCCCCAGAGCACGCGAUUCAUUAUCAUGUUGGACGGCUGAUUGCAUAGGAUUUAAUCUUAUUGAAGCAGUUUUAUGUCAUAUAUGUCGGAAGGAACGGCCAGGUGCUGUCUUAGUAUUCAUGACUGGGUGGGAGGAUAUCAGCUGUUUGAGGGAUCAACUUAAAGCCCAUCCUCUUUUAGGUGAUCCUAACAGGGUUUUGCUUAUCACAUGCCAUGGGUCAAUGACCACGUCUGAACAGAACCUCAUUUUCGCGAGACCGCCUCCUAAUGUACGUAAAAUUGUUCUUGCUACUAAUAUGGCAGAAGCAAGCAUUACAAUCAAUGAUGUAGUUUUUGUGGUGGAUUGUGGAAAAGCAAAAGAGACCACAUAUGAUGCUUUGAAUAAUACACCUUGUCUACUACCUUCUUGGAUAUCCCAAGCAUCUGCUCGGCAAAGAAGGGGAAGGGCUGGCCGGGUGCAGCCAGGCGAAUGUUACCACCUUUACCCCAAAUGUGUGUAUCAUGCGUUUGCAGAAUACCAACUUCCUGAACUCCUAAGGACUCCUUUGAAUUCUCUCUGCUUGCAAAUCAAAAGUUUGCAGGUCGGUAGUAUAGGAGAAUUCUUGUCAGCUGCCCUGCAACCGCCUGAACCCCUUGCUGUUCAAAAUGCUGUUGGCUUUCUCAAGUUGAUUGGGGCAUUGGAUGAGAAUGAAAAUUUGACAAAUCUCGGAAAAUAUUUGUCAAUGCUUCCAGUAGAUCCCAAACUAGGGAAAAUGCUGAUUAUGGGUGCUGUAUUUCAUUGCUUUGAUCCUGUUCUUACAAUAGUGUCUGGGCUAAGUGUCCGGGAUCCAUUCCUUUUGCCUCAAGACAAAAAAGAUUUAGCGGGGACAGCAAAAUCUAGAUUCUCUGCAAAAGAUUAUAGUGAUCAUAUGGCUCUUGUUCGUGCAUAUGAAGGAUGGAAAGAUGCAGAAAGAGAAGGAUCAGCAUAUGAAUACUGCUGGAGAAAUUUUCUCUCUGCCCAGACACUUCAAGCUAUUCAUUCUCUUCGUAAGCAGUUUAGCUACAUCUUAAGAGACGCUGGCUUGGUGGAUGCAGAUGCAAGCGUUAACAACAAGCUAAGUCACAAUCAGUCAUUGGUCCGCGCAAUCAUAUGUUCCGGACUAUUCCCUGGCAUAGCAUCUGUAGUGCACCGAGAGACAUCCAUGUCUUUCAAAACUAUGGAUGAUGGCCAGGUUUUACUAUAUGCUAAUUCUGUAAAUGCACGUUACCAAACAAUUCCCUACCCUUGGCUGGUCUUUGGUGAAAAAGUAAAGGUCAACACAGUUUUCAUACGCGAUUCUACUGGUGUCUCUGAUUCCAUUUUGAUCCUUUUUGGUGGUGCCCUAAACCAUGGUAUCCAGGCUGGGCAUUUGAAAAUGUUGGACGGCUAUAUUGACUUCUUCAUGGAUCCUAGUUUGAUGGACUGCUAUUUGAAGCUUAAAGAAGAGCUUAAUGAGCUUAUUCAGAAGAAGCUUCAAGAUCCAAGCCUCGAUAUCCACAAGGAAGGAAAGUAUCUCGUACUUGCUGUUCAAGAGCUGGUAUCUGGAGAUCAAAGUGAAGGAAGAUUUGUGUUUGGCCGUGAAAACAGGAAGCCAAAGGAGUCCGGUGAUAACAGCAGAUUCACAAGGGAUGGAACCAAUCCUAAGAGUUUGCUACAAACUCUAUUGAUGAGAGCAGGACAUUCACCUCCAAAAUACAAAACCAAGCACCUCAAGACAAAUGAGUUCAGAGCACUUGUGGAGUUCAAGGGCAUGCAAUUUGUUGGGAAGCCCAAGAAAAAUAAGCAGCUUGCCGAAAGGGAUGCUGCCAUAGAAGCACUGGCCUGGUUGACUCACACCUCAGACAACAGUCGUGAUGAAGAUGACAACUCCCCACCUGAUGUCACUAACAACAUGCUGAAACUUCUGGGGAAACGUAGAAGAUCAAAGCGCCACUCUGGUUAAUCUAGAAGAUCAAGCUGCUGCCGUAGGACAGGAGUUGACAGUGGUAUUGAUAUGGAAGUGCAGGGUACCCUAGUUAAAUCCGGAUUGAAACAGGUUGUGGGACUUUGUCAAAUACCAAAGAACUAUUUAGAUGCAGUUUGAAAAAGAAAAAGCCUUUUAUCUCAAUGAGAUUAUUGGGUGUAAUUGUAAUCAUUAGCAUAUGUAAAUACACAGCAGGAUUCUAUAUAUCAGAGAGGUGUCAUAGGUAGUUCCAUGAAAUCCAUUAUUUUCAUGAAAUUUCGACAGCAUUUGGUGGUUCAUGAGGAUGGUUUACUAUUAUUAUUAUUA